UUGCAUAUGUUUCCCUUAUACAGGGGACUGAUAUUUUGCACCUUCUAUGAAUUUGUUAUCUUAAAGUAUCCUUGCCAUUCUAACAUUCUUUGGCCGAAAAUCUCUAAAGCUGGGUUGAGUACAGAAAAAGACGAAAAGCAGAGUAAACAACGAGGAAGGAGUUCUGAAAAGUACACUAGUGGGGUUUGCUACAACCAGGUAAUUUUGCUGCAGUUAUUGGGGUAUUAAGUCUGUAAGUGUGAAUACUUGUGAAUUUGCAUGCUUUAUUGCAAAUUUCUUGAAUUCCAAAUACAGACACAGCGCUGAGUGUCUGCUUACUUGUUUCCUUUUAACAAUCCUCUUUUCUUUUUCCAAAAGCUGUCUCAGGUAUAUGGAGCCACAGAAUCUAACAGGUGUCUCAGAAUUCCUCCUCCUGGGCCUCUCUGAGGAUCCAGAAUGGCAGCCCCUCCUCUUUGGGCUGUUCCUUUCCAUGUACCUGAUAUCUGUGGCUGGAAACCUACUCAUCAUCCUGGCUGUCACCUCUGACUCCCAUCUCCACACCCCCAUGUACUUCUUCCUCUCCAACCUGUCCUUGGCUGACAUUGGUUUCAUUUCCACAACAGUCCCAAAGAUGGUAGUGAACAUCCAGACACAGAGCAAAUCCAUCACCUAUGCGGGCUGCCUGACACAGAUGUCUUUUUUUUAUCUCUUUGGAAUUCUGGACAGUCUGCUUCUCGCCGUGAUGGCUUAUGACCGGUUUGUGGCCAUCUGUCACCCCCUGCUCUACAUAGUCAUCAUGAACCCCCACCUCUGUGGCUUGCUAGUUUUGCUAUCUUUUUUCAUCAGCCUUUUGGACUCCCAGCUGCACAGGUCAAUGGUGUCACAACUUACCUUCUGCACAGAUGUGGAAAUCCCUCAUUUCUUCUGUGACCCUCCUCAACUCUUUAACCUUGCAUGUUCUGACACCUCCAUCAGUAUAUUACUGUAUUGUAUGGGUGCCAUCUUUGCUGGUGUUCCAAUCUCAGGGAUCAUUUUCUCUUACACUCGAAUUGCUUUGUCCCUUCUGAGAGUCUCAUCUUCAGGUGGAAAGUAUAAAGCCUUUUCAACCUGUGGUUCUCACCUGUCAGUCAUUUGCUUAUUUUAUGGAACAGGCCUUGGAGUGUACCUCAGUUCAACUGUUUCAUCUUCUCCCAGGAAGGGUGCAGUGGCUUCAGUGAUGUACGCUGUGGUCACGCCCAUGCUGAACCCCUUCAUCUACAGCCUGAGGAACAGGGACAUCAAAAGAGCCUUGCAAAGGACCCUUAGCAGAAAAGUCUAA